AGCCAACAUGUUUUGUUGAAUUAAUAAUUUAAGAGCAAUCUAAUGUAACCAUUAGCUUUUAAAAAGUAAAAUAAAACGGGAGCAGGUGGGCUGAGGAAGAGAUGUUUACAAGUUCAGGAACGAGUAUUUUUACAGAUUACCCGAAUAUUCGGACGUAGUCGUGCAUGUUUUGGGUGGUGCCAUCUCACUAAAGUCGGGUGUUUACAUCAUCAUUGCCUCUAUUCUUUAGCCUAUUUUGCAUGUGCUUAUUUCUAGUCAUCUACGCACUUGGAAAUCAUUCCCACUAACUGUGGGGGCGCCAGAUGAAACAGAACACAAUCCCACUGCCUCCUAAAAGGUGAAAACGCUAUACGUGAGGCAUAAUGGGACCAUUCCAGGUGUGUGAGGAAAAUAAGUCACCAGAGAAAGGAAGCCCCCGUAGCCGCAUCCCACGUCUGGUCAUCCAUCCUUUCCAUACCAAGGAAAAAGGAUUGCCUCUGUCUGACUCACCUUUUUCAGAGGAGGAGGGCAAGGAGUGUGACAUCAGCUCAGAUCACUCCAAAAGAACCAUCAGCACCAACAGCUUUUGCUCUGAUGACACCAGCUGCCCCACUAGUCAGUCUGUGUCCCCCUCCAAAACCCCAUCAGGCUCAGAGCAGAGCGCCCAUGGAUCGCCAAUACUCCCUGAGCAUAAGACCAAAGUGAAGAGGGUGAGGGUGAUGGCAGAGCGGAGAGACGAACCCCUGAGCAUGCCAAGACACAAGAGGGAGCUGAGGUCAGCCAUGAAAGCAAGAGGUAGUGAGGCAGACUUCAGCUCAUCCAGCAGCACAGGCAGCUUGAAGAACAGGGAGAGCCUCACUUUCAAUUCAACUGGAAAGAAAGCUUCUUUGCGCAGUCAUGGCACCCACUUCAGAAUGCUGCCAGUGUUCAAGCCAGCUGGAAGCCCAACAGCCAGCCGUGAUGCAGAGCUCUAUGCUCCCUACAGGACUCCUCCCAGAGCUGUCUCCUUGGCCAACAGCAGCAGCUGUAACUCCAGCCCCACCUCCAGAAAGGUAAGCCUGAGCCACUAUCAUUCCUGUGGAGACAAUCAUGGCAUCAGGCCCCCAAAACCCGAACAGUACCUCACCCCUCUGCAGCACAAGGAAGUGGCCAUCAGACACCUGAAGACUGAACUGCUGGAGUCUGAGAACAGAGUUCAUGACAGAGAAACGGAGAUUGAGGAGCUUAAGGGCCAGCUCAGCAGAAUGAGAGAAGACUGGAUUGAAGAAGAGUGCCACAGAGUAGAGGCUCAGCUGUCUCUCAAAGAGGCUCGCAAAGAGAUCAAGCAGUUGCGUCAGGUGGUGGAGACCAUGAAGAGCAGCCUGAUGGAGAAGGAUAAGGGAAUACAGAAGUAUUUCAUUGACAUCAACAUCCAAAACAGGAAAUUGGAAUCCCUGCUGCAAAGCAUGGAGCUUGCCCAAAGUGGCACCAACCUCCAAGAUGAAAAUGCCUUGGAUUUUAUUUGUGAUAGCCUUGAUAAUGGUGGGAAAAAGAUGGCAGAGGGGGAAGUGGGUGGGGAGGAGCUGGGAGAUCAAGGGACAGAGGCAAUGGCAGACAGUGGGCUGCUGGUAAACGAUGAGAUGGCCAACAGAACAGACAUUUUGGGGCAGGUUUUUAUGUCCACAGCUAUGGAUUUCAGUCAGGACUUUAGUGGCAAGCUGGGGCCUGGGGCAGAGUCAGGGCCUGCAGUGUCUGUGCUGUCAGAAGAAGGCCAGUUACUUAGAUCCACUGCGCCGCCAUCAGCUUUACCAAAUUCAGUUCCCACCACUGUCGGCAUCUCUUCAAGCACACCUUUCCAGCAGACCACAGAAGACAAAGUAAUCCAGACUGACAUAAUGUCCAUGUCUCCAGACCUGCAAGCUCUGCUCCUCCAGCUGCUGAAGUUCCCGGGGGCAACAGCAAGGGAUGCACCUCUGUCAGCUUCCAGCAGUCUCCCAGGUCUCCCAAAUCUGUCCCCCACCACUGCCAAUGUGUCCAGCCUGAUACCUACCCUACCCAUUAUGACUAGUCCUGCUCCCUCAGAGAGCCCUGACAUCUCCACAGACUCUGGCAUGUGCUGCUCAGAGCUUGCAGUGAGCCGACGGUUCAUGGAGGAGCUUGACUUUGACGUCUGUGAGGAGAAACCAAGUCUGUCACCAGGACUGGAUGUGGUUGGCAAACAUUACUGGAGCAACAGCUUUCUGAUGGAUCUUGCCGCAGUAGCAGCCCCUGUGUUACCCACUGUCGCCUGGCUGUACUCGCGACAUGGUGUGGAUGGUGGUGUUCCGGUGUACAACAUUGCUGCUCUUAUCAGGGGCUGUUGCGUCAUGGGCUUGCACUCUCUUCGUCAUGUUGUUCACAGGGCAAAUGCGUAAUAGCAUCCAGCCCACAUGCACACACCUAACCUGGGGGGGAGACAAACAUUUAAGCAUCUUUUGGAGAAUAUUUGAGAUUUUUGUUCAACACGAGCAAUGCAGUUAUUUUGAUUCCGGCACUGCUACUUUGCACUGUACAGUUACCAUACGUUGAAGAAUAAUGGUGACAAGGAGGGGAAUAUUUAUGACAAGGAUUAUUUAUUAUUUCUGUAUAGAAGCUAAUCAUCUGGGUAGAUGGUUACAUGUUGUUGUUUUUGAUGUUCUUAGUUGUCCUUGUGUUUGAAAAGUUAGAAUGAGAUUUUUGUUUUUCAGGUUCUGAAAUUUCAGCUCUUGGGUUACUUUUCAAAAAGAAACCUUAAGUCUUCAGCCAAAGCUUUAAUGUGAGUUCAGUCAUUGCUUUGUGAAGUGUGUGUGUGUAUAUAUAUUUUUUUUUUACCCUCCCUAGGAAUAGAGCUUUAUUUGGCACAACCUGUGUAUCGCUCACAUAAAUGAGUUGAUGCUUCAAAGCAACUAACACUUGCUAUGUGCAAUACUGGUGGUUUACAUCAGUGUCCUUGUAUCUUUACUAUUAAAGCAUGAGCAUUCUGCCUACAUACUGUGACUCAUGCCAUUUCUGAUCCUUCAGAUUUGUUAAUGCGGGGAAAAGGACAAAACAGAUUAAAAUGUGACUUAAACAAGAGCCAUGUUCAAAAUGCUAGCAAAAACGGGGGAGCCCAAGUUUCUUGACACAUGAAAGAUGUUCACAUAAAAUAAUAAAAAUGGGACUGCCUGAACUCAAGUCCAACCGAG